UACAUGUCGUCAGUGGCGGAUGGUGGCUAUGAAAUGGCUAGCCCAAGCCUUUUAGUUGGACACGCGUGCCUGUGAAAAUCAUGAUAUGCAAGAUUAAUAAAUUGUUUGGCAGACAAAACAAGAUUAAAAGUGUGCUGUAUAAAACGAGGGUAAGAGUGAAACGAUAUGCGUACACACAUGCGGUUUCUGUGUCCGCCAAACAUUCAAAACAAAACAACGCAAGUCAGAUGACCGAGACCCACGUGGGGCGCGAAACCCAGCGAAUCAGAAAGGCGCAAGUCACAGUGAAGGUCCAAUAAGGAUGCAGCUCGAGCUAUCUUCUACAAUGUAAACAAAAGGUGCAUCCGCAAUAUUAUUAGUCUUACUGUAGUUUUUCACAUUCUGACCUUGCACUCUAGGGACAGUGUUUGUCAUUGUAUGUAGUGUGUGUUAAAAAUUGGGAUCUACUUUGGAUUUCAGAUUCCCAUGUCAUCUCAGAGAGUGGCUCUUGUAAUGGAUGUGAAGACAGCGGCUCUACAGUAGUGAUUGAAUACAAGAUGGCUGCAACCCUAAGGGUCGUGCUUGGAACAGACGAUGCAUCCAAAUUGAGACUUCCAACUGGAAUUCCUGAUUCAGUCGAGGACCUGAAAAGAGAAAUUACAAGACAGUGUGGUUUGUCAGGAAACUUCAGACUACAGUACAGAGACAUUGAGUUUGACAAUGAGUUUGUUAAUUUGUCCUCCACUGCUGAACUGCAAGACAAGAGCACUGUUAAAGUGAUUUACCUACCAAAUGAGACAGACAUGAGCCCUCGCCAUGAUCCAUCCUCUGUACCUGAAGAACUGGAUGAGGCCUCUUCCAUUUCAUCAUCUCUUUCCACUGCAGACACCGACAUACUUUCCUCCCCUGGAUCUACCUCUUCAGGUCCAUCGCUGCGUUCACAGCCAUGGCCCCAAACCUUCCCAAUACCUCAGUUCAGUUAUGAGGUAGAGGUUCAGCUGGAGAGGGCCAACUGCACUCACCUGAGCAGUGGCACACUUCUUAGUCCCAGUGCCAAACUGAAGUCCGACAUCUUGGAUAGUUUAGCAUCAGAAAUCAUAAAAUACAAAGUGUACCCUUCCAGUGCGGAGUUUGAUACCGUGGCAGAGGCACUUAUAAGGAAGCAUCCUUGUUUGAAGGAGCAGGGAUCAGUCUGUGGGUACUAUGGGUGGAAAAUAAGUUUAAAAUACAAAAUGGCCAACUACCGCACCAGGCUGAGGGGCAUUGGCUGUCCAGAGUUAAGCAUCAAUUCGAUGAAGGGAAAGCAUGGCACCACUGGCCAAAGUCCAAACCAGGUGAAAAAGCCACGGAAAGCGGAGGUCAACUACUGUCCUGACUUUCCGGUGGGGGAAACAAAAGAGUCUCUUGAGGAGGAACGGCAAGCACUUCUUUUAGAGAUAAAGAAGAAAAACCAGCAACAAAUAAAAAGUAAAAUGGGAAAAACAUUUGCCUACCGAAGGCAGGAAAUUGUUAUGGACAUGCCCUUCAUCACUGAGCUCAAAAGCAGGUGGCCAGCUCUGUUUUCUGAGAGUGAGGUAAAUGCAGAAUUUACCCGCAUCACCACUGUUCCACUUCUGUCCAAAUUCAUGUCCCAGCUGGAUGGAUACUCUGAUCGCUUACUGAAAGUGUUCAGAAAGAAGGGGGGUGAAGCCGGACGCAAAAUCAGACUGAUCACGGCAGUCAUGGACAAGGAUCCUAGGAUUGAGAGGCGCAGAGAAUGUGUCAUCAAAGGACUUUGCAUCUAUCUAAAUGAAGAGCCUGAAAGCCUAAUAAAAACCUACCUGGAUGCCAGUUCUGAUGCAAGCCAUGGAAUGGAGGCCAUCGUCAUGGGGAUCUAUGUCAUACAACAUGAGGGAGCAGAGCCCGAUGAAGAUCCAGAAGAUGUAGGAGUCAUAAUUGAGGGAGUCAACGUUUUGCAAGGUCUCAGGAAUGUGGCAAAUGGAUGUGUGCUCCUGCUCGGCCUCAUUUACAGCUUGAAUUUGAGCUACCCAAAGGAGCUGAAGCACACGUUUGAAUUCCUUCAAAAAGUGGUGAUGGAGUUGGAUGGUAACCGACUUUCCCAAAAGGUGCAGGUCCUCAAAAACAGACUGCUUGAGUAAUCUUUUCAACUUGUUUCAAAACACACACACACACACACUAGCUUUAUCUCUAUCUUUCACAUACACAACACAAUGACUUGGAUGAGGACUAUUCUACUACUUCUUUUCAUGGGAGUCCAUGAACGUCUUCCUUUAUGUGCUACUGAUUUGUGAGUGAUUGUUUGUAGAUUUGUUCAAUUGGGUAGUUUUAUGGAGGUUGGCUUAUCUGUAUUACUCAUCUCUGCCAUACCAAGUCCGUUUGUAAUUUCCUUGUUCGUGGCAUUUGACAUGGUAACAUUUUGAUUUGACUUUUUUAUGGGGGCUGUUUUAGUCAUCUAGAUUUUAGUAAUCUUAAAGUGGCCAAAUGCAACUUCAAGAGUUGACAAUUUUCUUUGUAUUAGUACCGGUAUUCCGAAAGCUGCCAAAUUGUGAUUGUUAAAAUUAUAAAUAAAAGUGGGUUUAAAGAAUUCAAUUUUGUGUCAUUUAUUUGAAUA